AUGUCUCAAGCUGGUCGUCAAGAUUUCACCGAUAAGGUCUCCGCUGCUGUUAAGCCAGAUUCCCAGAAGGGUAUUUUUGAAAAGGCCAAGGAUACCAUUGUUGGUACCGCUGACAACGCUGCUGGUAAGGCCCAACCAGAGGAGGACAAGACCGCCGCCCAAAAGGUUGGUGACACCGUUUUCGGUAAGUAA